UGUCACGAAUGUUCAUCAUAUACUCUCUACUUUCGACAGAGACAACAACAUAAACACAAACACAACUUGGUACUUGUCGCCCCUGCUUCAAUUUAGAACGAAGGCAAGCAAGGAAGGAAGACACACUCAACUCACUCUCUUCUGUCUUCGUCUAUGCACAUUCCAACCAACCAAGAAAAGUAUCAAACUUCUCUUCUUUGGGGAAUCAAACUCAACUUCACGCCGCCCACUUUCUCAGCAUUCAAUGCUCUUCAUCUAUCGGGAUUGCAUUGCUCAUUAUUAGUUCAGUAAUUCACUGCUUCUCUCACCUCUGAUUCUCAAAAUCCAUUUGGUAACUCUUCAUCAUUUUCCUUAAUUUCCCUUUUGUUUGCGAUUGGUACUGGGGCAUACUUGAUUGACUUUCAAUUUCCAUGUUUUUGAGGAUUUUAGUUUCUUGGGGUUCAUAAUUAGCUUACAAAGCUUCAAGCUUUGAUGAGAUUUACCACCAAAAUUUCUGGGUAUACUAGAUCUUUGGUUGUCAACAAUCAUAGGCAUUUAUACUGUAAGCCUUGUGCUCUUUCUUUGUCGUUUGGAACAAAUACGAAUCAAUCAAAGAUGAAUCACACUGAAAAUUCAAAUUCAAAUGGAUCUCUUCAUAAUGUAAAUGGUGGUGGUUUGGAAUUGAAGCUUGAUGAGCUUCGUCAGCUUAUGGGGAAAGUGGAUGGUGAUCCAUUGAGAAUAGUUGGUGUUGGAGCUGGUGCUUGGGGUAGUGUCUUCACAGCUAUGUUGCAAGAAGCUUAUGGUUCCUUAAGGGAAAAAGUUCUUAUAAGGAUAUGGAGGAGACCGGGGAGGAUGGUUGAUAAGGCCACUGCUCAGCACUUGUUUGAGGUUAUCAAUUCAAGGGAGGAUGUAUUGAGGAGGCUAAUUAGGAGGUGUGCCUAUUUGAAAUAUGUCGAGGCGAGGUUAGGGGAUAGGUUUCUUUAUGCUGAUGAGAUCUUGAAAGAUGGGUUCUGCUUGAACAUGAUUGACACACCUCUUUGCCCUCUCAAGGUUGUCACCAAUUUGCAGGAAGCUGUGUGGGAUGCUGACAUUGUGAUCAAUGGCUUGCCUUCGACGGAAACAAGCGAGGUUUUUGAAGAGAUUAGUAAGUACUGGAAAGAGAGGAUCACAGUUCCUGUCAUUAUAUCAUUGGCAAAGGGUGUGGAGGCCGAAUUAGGUAGCGAGCCGCGAAUAAUAACUCCGACUCUUAUGAUCAAUCGAGCAACCGGAGUCCCCAUUGAGAACAUCCUUUAUUUGGGAGGACCUAACAUUGCCUCAGAAAUUUACAACAAAGAAUAUGCAAAUGCUCGGAUAUGUGGAGCAGAGAAAUGGCGGAAACCAUUGGCAAAGUUUCUGAGGCAGCCCCAUUUUAUAGUAUGGGAUAAUGGUGACCUUGUUACUCAUGAAGUUAUGGGUGGAUUAAAGAAUGUAUACGCCAUUGGAGCAGGAAUGGUAGCUGCUUUGACAAAUGAAAGUGCCACCAGCAAAUCGGUCUACUUUGCUCAUUGCACAUCGGAGAUGAUUUUCAUCACUCAUCUAUUGGCAGAAGAGCCAGAGAAACUUGCAGGACCUCUCUUGGCCGAUACCUAUGUAACGUUGUUGAAAGGUCGUAAUGCUUGGUAUGGACAAAAGUUGGCCAAAGGAGAGUUGAGCCUCGAAAUGGGCGACAGCAUCAAGGGCAAGGGGAUGAUUCAGGGAAUCUCAGCAGUUAAAGCAUUUUACGAGCUACUUAGUCAGUCCAGCUUAAAUGUCCUAAAUCCAGAAGAAAACAAGCAUGUUGCCCCAGUGGAGCUUUGUCCCAUCUUGAAGAUGUUAUAUAGAAUACUGAUUACAAGGGAAUCUCCAGUACAAGCCAUCCUUCAAGCGUUGCGAGAUGAGACCAUGAACGAUCCGCGUGACCGUAUUGAGAUUGCUCAAAGCCAAGUGUUUUAUAGGCCGUCUCUUCUUGGUCAGAACCCUUAGCUAGAACCCUAGAUGCAUAAUGAGUUUGACAGUUAGUUUUGAAGUUUGGUCAAUGUAUAUUUCAGUGAGUUUGUGGACUUUUCAGUUGAGGCAGGCUUUAGUUUAGGGAAGGUGUUUGAUUAUAUAUUUAAUGAAACCCUAAUAUUACUCUUUGAUUGAUUUUUCCUUUCAUAUAUAUGAAUACAUAUGCCUUCAAAAA